AUGACAAACGAACAACAGAAGACUACUUUUGAUUUAGAGCCCAAUCCUUUUGAACGCUCGUUCGCCUCCAAGGACUCGCUGGUACUGAACGCUUCACUGGUUCUGGAACAUCAUAACAGAGACUCCGAGAACUCAUCAGCCACUUCGUCUACCAAGUCCUCUAACAAACACAACCUCCACAUCCCCAAUCUUUCCACACUCAACGGUGCCAACAACAACAUUAAUAACAACAUCAACAUCAACAGCAACAAUAAUAGUAUCAAUAAUAGUAGUAAUAGUACCAGUAACAAACUUCCGGGAAUCACUCCUCCCCUUUUUACACCCGGUGGAAGAAGAUUACAUCCUUUGGGACUUUCUCCUCCUGUCCCCGGAUCUAAUGGUGCUGCUGUCACAGCUAACGGAACGGCCUUGCUGAAUCCUGGCACUCCAGGUUCUAACUUAUGGAACAGUUUGUUGAGUGCUACCAACAACCACAAUAAUAAUGGUUCCAACGUCAAUACUGCCAAUGUUGCUACUAACGGUGCCAAUGCCAAUGUGAUAGCUGCAGGCAAUGGUCCCAAUUCUCAAGCCAAUUUCAACCAGUUUGUGAAUACUCUCAGAAAGACUGGAUUGACUCCUAACGAGUCGAAUUUGCGUUCUGGCUUGACGCCUGGAAUUCUCUCCCAUCAGUUUUCAUUUGGAGCACAGGUUCCGGGCUUGACUACUCCUAGCGCCUUGCUUAAUAGUCCUAUGACUCCUGGUUUGUCUUCCUUGUUGGGCUUGACGUCUAACAAUUCUGCCAAUAACGUCGCUACCAUUAACUCGUUACAGCCAACACAUCAACAGACAUACGAUACCCUUCCCCUGAUCCCGCAAGAACCUUCUGAAAGUUUGCCUACUUCAGAACCCCUUAGACAGCCAAUGGCUGCUCCAGUUGUGAAACAGGAAAUUAAGAAACAAGAAACGAGUAAACGUAGUCAAAGCAAGAAGAGAAAGGCAGAUACCGCAGAUUCUAGUAAGGGAAAGAGGCAAAAGGCAGAUUCCGCUGCAGCUAAGAAGGCUGCCGCCACCAGAGCCAACCUGGAAUCCGAUUCGGACAAAGAGUCCUCUCCACCUAGAAACUCGAACAAUCCCAAAUCUGAAGACGAGAAAAGAAAGAGCUUUCUCGAGAGAAACAGAGUGGCUGCGUCUAAGUGUAGAUUACGUAAAAAGCAAUUGGUUCAGAAGAUGGAGGACGAAUUGGCGUUUUAUUCUACAGGCUACAGAGAGUUGUCUGCUGAAGUCAACCAAUUGCGCGAUCUGUUGAUUACACUCAAAAGUAUUAUAGAAAAUCACAAGGGCUGCGCUUUGUUGGCACAGAAUGUCGGAGGUUUUGAUCAGAUAGAGAGAAUAAUACAACAAGCCAACUACAUCGCUGAGAUGAGUAACAACAGUCUGAACGAUGUUACCUCUAUCCCACUGACUAUUCCAACAACUCUUCACAGCACAAAUUCCGUCAGUGCCAUUCCUGCUCGUGGAAAUGAUUCUCAGUUUCAGGCGAUGUCCAACACCUUAGUUACUAAGACCAUCGGCACUCCUAACAGCAACGAUGUUCAAGCCAACUCUAGCACGAAUACCACUACUGUGGUGACACCUGAAUUGGCAGGAGCUUAUUCUCAUGCCACUAUCAACCAUGCUCACGGCAUGUCAGACAUGCCACAAUCUAAUCCUGAUGGUCCUGUUGCUAUGAAUGGAGGCAAUGGUGAGUUGAGGGCCAUAAACAGCAUGUCAAACUUAUCCGCUUUGAACACAGGUGCUCAAGCUCAAAUGCAGCAACUUCCACAUCCUCAACAGGCCUUGCAGAACUAUAGUCUCCGUCCUGUUAGCAGCAUGGUUGAGUUACAACAAGCCAUGCAUGCACAUGGCAAUCUUGGAAGCGAGUUGAACGUAUAG